UUGGAGCCCAACAAAACCCUCCACCUCGCUCGGAACAGCCAGACCUGCGCUGCGACCUCGACACAGGUGGUCGUGCCAGGCACCGGAGAGAUGUUGCCCAAAGUUCUUCUGAUGCUCCUCAACAUAUUCCUGGCCCUCCAGUGGAGGGUUGGACCUCACAUUAAACUGGAGGAUAAACCCCCUGCCCAAGACAAAGUAGUCUUCGGCCCUCAGCCUCGGCCUCCUCAACCUAGUGAAAAGAAGUUUCCAGCAAAAGAAACAGAACUCAGUGUUGAUUGUAAGACUGAGCACCCAGGUGGGACACUAACAAGAGCCUCUCGAAUCCUUAGCAACAUCCUGAAUAACUAUGACCAUAAGCUGCGCCCAGGCAUUGGAGAGAAGCCCACUGUGGUCACUGUCGAAGUCUUUGUCAACAGCCUUGGUCUUAUUUCUAUCCUGGAAAUGGAAUAUUCCAUUGACAUCAUCUUCUACCAGACCUGGUAUGAUGAGCGUCUUCGUUACAAUGACACCUUUGAGACCCUUGUUCUACAUGGCAACGUGGUGAGCCAGUUGUGGAUCCCGGAUACCUUUUUUAGGAAUUCUAAGAGGACCCACGUGUAUGAUAUCACCAUACCCAACCAGAUGGCUCUCAUCCAUAAGGAUGGAAAGGUGUUGUACUCAGUUAGGAUGACCAUUGAUGCAAGAUGUUCACUCCACAUGCUCAAAUUUCCAAUGGAUUCUCACUCUUGCCCUCUGUCUUUCUCUAGCUUUUCCUAUGACGACCAAGAAAUGAUCUACAAGUGGGAGAAUUUCAAGCUCGAAAUCAAUGAGAAGAAUGCUUGGAAGCUAUUUGAGUUUGAUUUUACAGGAGUGAGCAACAAAACUGAAAUCAUCUCAACCCCAGUCGGUGACUUCAUGGUCAUGACAUUCUUCUUCAAUGUGAGCAGGGAGUUUGGCUUCAUUGUCUUUCAAAACUAUGUCCCUUCUUCUGUGACCACAAUGCUCUCCUGGGUCUCCUUCUGGAUCAAGAUAGAGGCUGCUGCGGCCAGGGCCUCUGUAGGAGUCAGUUCUGUACUCACCAUGGCCACGCUGGGCACCUUUUCCCGUAAGAAUUUCCCUCGUGUCUCCUAUCUCACAGCUUUGGACUUCUAUAUUGCAAUUUGUUUCGUCUUGUGCUUCUGUGCUCUACUAGAGUUUGCUGUGCUCAACUUCCUGAACUACAAUGAGACAAAACGACAGGCUUCUCCAAAGCUUUACCAACUUCAAACUAGCAGCCGUGCUAAUACUCGUACUCGUGCUCGUGCCCGCACACGGGCCCGUGCCCGUGCCCGUGCCCGCGAGCAGCAGGAAGUGUUUGUCUGUGAGAUUGUCACCUAUGAGAGGAAUGCUGAGGAGGAGCCUCAGUAUUGCCCAGCCCAGCAGUCUCCAAAUUCAAGAAGACCCCAGUGUCCUCGGAGGCGGUGUGGCAGAAACUAUGUGUGCUUUAGGGUUCUUAGGAAGUAUUUCUGCAUGGCUCCUGGUUGUGAGGGCAGCACCUGGCAGCGUGGCCGUCUCUGCAUCCAUGUUUACCGCCUGGAUAACUACUCACGGGUGCUUUUUCCCAUUACAUUCUUUUUCUUCAAUGUGCUCUACUGGCUGAUUUGCCUUAAUCUGUAGGCUCCAGCUGGUAGCUCAUGGGGCAACCACCUCAGUUCCCCAGGAGGUCCUAAGCCCCUUUGCCAAGGGAGUUGGGAGACAACAGCAACAGCAGCAGGAGUCCUUAGAGCGAGUUUUUCCUUCCCUGGUCCCCAGUAAAGCCUGAAGAGAGCUUGUCUCUGCUGGUCCUCUUCCCGUUGGCCCCUUUACUCAAUCUUUUCAACAGCCCUUCUCAAGAAACGCCCACCUCUCUAUUCUUCAAAGAGCAUUCAUGAUGCUCAGUGUGCCCACAUUUGAGCAGAUAGCCUAUCUCCCAACUGUGUUUACACCUACUAUUUUCCCCAGGAGCUCAUGGUUCCAUUUGUGGUGCUAAGGGGUCCAGCUCUGUCUCAGCCCCAGAAUGCACAGAGUGACAAUACAGCAGAAGGACAAUCCCCAUCCUUAAGCCCUAAGUCAGACAAUUAGAAUUUUUUCUUCUUGCCCUCUCUUCCUCUACACACACACACACACACACACACACACACACACACACACACACACACAAUCUGAAGAAGGAGAGGAUCCAGAAAGUGGGCCUGUUUGGGAAAGUAACUCCUCUCUGCUGCUGUGACAUCUCUUUCUCCCCACCUGCCUCCAUCUGCACUACCAAUUCAGUUCCCUUCAUCUAAGGGGUAUCUAUUCUUAUGUGCAAUGUUUGUAAUUUCCCCUGCUUUAUAUGCCUUCUUCUUCCUCUUCCUUGACCCUAGUGAUUCUUUCUGUAACUUCCCCAGUGACUUUCCCAGCCCUGAUCCAGGUGCUAGGCUUUGGCGACUCCCUGGGGCCAAGAAACAAAGAACACUGUUCCGCCAUUACCUGCCACUGACUGGUGCUCUCCUCAGGCACAAUCUAACAGUUUGACUGCUUCCUUGGCCUCUGGACCCAUAAGCCAGUCCACUGCCAUCCCUGGGGCACUCACACAAUCACAAUCAAUUGAACUCCCUUAAAUUUGUAUAACACUUUCCCUUUGGCAAACACUUUUGACAAAACAUUUCUAUUUGGAAUCUUGUUAUAGCCCUGUGACAUCUCAGGGCACAGGUUGUUCUCUAUUUUGCAGAUGGCAACCUUGAGACACAGAUUUCUAUGGGACUGUGGAUCUUUCUGCAAUCCAAUCUGGAGCCCCCUAUCACCUGUUAAAUUGCAUGGCAGUGCCAGGCAGCUCUGGUCACCAUGCACCAAUUUUAUUUCCCUUGCUGGCAUCCCAGUAGCAGAGCCUAGUGUGGCAGGCCUCCCUCACCAUGAGCCUGUUCCAUAACUAUUAGGCCUGAGGUGCUCAGUCUCCACAGGUUGAGCUCCUGCCUCUAAUAACCCAGUGAGACGAAUUUGUACAUGCCCCAAUGCUUGUAUAUGCUGAACAGAGUCAGUGUCUAUACUUUAUGGGAGUGGGCGGGAUUGGGAAAUUCAUCUGCUUUUAGUCAUCAUCAUCUGUAAAGGGGAAAUAUAUGAAUAAA